AUGGCGGUUGAGGAAGCUAUACUCCAUCAGAGUCUGUCUGUUGAUCUUGCUGUGGAAACAAUCAAAUUGUUAGCAAAGCAUGACAAAACUGACAAAGCCCAGACAGCAUGCCGUCGGCUGACUAGCCGUUUCAUGGAAGCACCUGAUGUGGGCAAACUGCUUGUCCUUCAGCUAGAGCUCCUAACUAAAAACAACAAACAUCAACAAGCCAGGAACCUGGUGGAUGAAAUCAUUGCAGAUCACCGGAGCAAGCUCGAAAGGUCAGAACUAAGGCAUCUUCAUACUCUGAUUUGGGAACAAGCUGCUACAGCUUUUGAGGACGUGUCCUUGGCUGGUUGCAAUCUUAUCCGAAUGGCCGCAGUCAUACAGUAAAAAUUGGAAGUGCUGUAUCAAAACAAGUUGAUGAUGAAUGUGGAGUCCCACAGGGAUCGAUGAUAGGCCCCCUCCUCUUCACUCGCUAUAUCGCUCCAAUCCAGGACAUCAUCCGUGCCUAUAACAUGGAAUCCAUGUUUUACGGAGAUGAUACCCAAAUUUACAACAUUUUCAAUUCUGAUGAGAGAGACACUGCCAUUGCCAGACUCAACAACUGUCUCUCGGAUAUCCGAGCGUGGUCUGCAAACAACAAUCCGACUAUGAAUGACGAGAAAACAGAGGUAACACAUUUCACCACAAAGUUCUAUUCGAGGUGUUGUCCAGAUAUCAACAUUCACGUAGGAGGGGAAGAGAUACCCAGUAGAGCAGUUGCCCGAAACCUCGGGGCCAUGAUUGAUGAAUAUUUUACCAUAAAGGCCCAUGUAAAUAGAAUGUGCAGUUCAGCUAUGGCAGCCCUUCGGAAGAUAGGAGGCAUUCGUUACAAUCUUGAUCAGCGUACUGCAGAAAUGCUUGUGCAUGCAUUUGUGACUUCGACGCUGGACUCAUCCAAUGCACUGCUUGGAAAUUUACCCGACUCAGAGAUAAAUAAACUUCAGCGAGUUCAGAAUAUUGUCACAAGGAUAGUCGUAAAAGCCCACAAGCAUGAGCACAUUACACCUUUCCUUCUCUCUCUCCAUUUGCUUCCUAUUCAUCUACAUAUCGAGUACAAAAUCCUUCUCUUAGUCUUCAAAGCAUUGAAUGGUUCUCUCCUUCCUACAUCUCACACCACAUCAAUUUCUAUGUACCAAACAGAAAUCUCCAGUCAGCCAAUCUAAACCUUCUCCGAGCUCCUAGAGUCAAUGCCAAGUACUAUGGAGAACGUGCCUUCACAAAUCUCGCAUCACAUUUCUAGAACUCUCUACCUUCCCAACUACAUGUAGCAACCUCAAUAGCCAAUUUCAAGAAAUGUAUCAAAACUUAUCUAUUCUCACUUUUGUAGUUUUCAUUGUUGCAUUUGAUGUAGUUUAAUAGUGUGGUGUAGCUUAAUUCAAUAUACCUUGUUAUGAUAUGUCAUGUAAUGUAUAUAUAAUGUUAACAUAAUAAUGUAGAAUGUAAAAUCAUCAUAAUUCAAUAAGUAUUCUAAUUAAUGUAAAGCGCUUAGAGAUCUUGAUAUUAAGUGCUCUAUAAAUGCAAUAUUAUUAUUAUUAUGUGCUAGUUACACAUUUUCUUCUAUAUGUCCGCAUUGUCAUUAAGUAUUUUCACAUCUUAUGAAGAUAUAUUCCUAUCUUUCUAAGAUCAUUAAGUAUUUUCAUAUUUUCCUCUUUAUGUUCAUAUCUUCCUAAGAUAUAUUUGUUCACAACAUCAUUAAGUAUUUUAACAUUUUCUUCUAUCUGUUCAUAUCGUCAUUAAGUAUUUUCACAUCUUACGAAGAUAAAUUCAUAUUCUCCUACGAUAUAAACACCUGGUAUUUUCGUAUUUUACUCUAUAUGUUCACAUUGUGUCACGUGGGAGUGGCUUUUUAAAUUAUUUACCUACUGCUGCUUGACACCAAAUAAGGAAUACGUAAAACUGAUAAAUACAGUUAUUAAAAGAUUUAAUC